CGAGGCGUCGCGAGGGGCGCACGUAUUUGCACGAACGAAACGAAGCACGCGUGUGAUGUUUUGAGAAAUUUUUGAAUGUAUCAGUGAUGUGAUUAGUUUUGGAUUGUAUUGCUUUCAGAUGUUUCGUAAUGGUGUAAACAGUAAAGUGGCAAGUCGACAUUAGCGCACUAGUUAACUUUAGUGUGGUGUAGUGUGGUGUAAUGAAGUGAUAGUGCACAAGAUGGCGCCGAAGUUCCUUACACUUCUCUUCGCUGUCAUCUGCUCUCUGGCACACGCUGAAAGAGAUCACGCGUCGUCAUUGGUGGGCAACACGGCCCGACUCCGAUGUCGCAUCGACGGCAAGUCCUGCGGUGAAAUGCACAGUAUCAAGUGGUAUAAGGCCGAUACUCGGGUGUACGUGUAUUCGGCUUCGAAGGACGCGGCCAUAAACCGGCCUGAAGGAGAUAUGAUGGACAGGAUGUCAAUUUCCCAUGAGCCAAACGCUACUUUCGCCGAGCUGGUAAUUACCAACGUGAAGGCUGACGAUGAAGGAGUGUACCGCUGCGAGAUCACCUAUCUGCAGGUCGGCGAGGACUGUAACACCGUGCAAGUCACCGAUUUUCAUACUUACAUCAAACCAAAAGCCGUGGAAGUGAUCACGAAUGAUGGAAAAAUAUUGACAAACGGUCAAUCCUACGGGCCACUGCUGGAGCGUGCGAGGGUGAAUGUCACUUGUCUGGUGACGGAUGGAAAGCCACAGCCCAAAGUCACGUGGUAUUUCAAUGGGAAGGAGCGCUUAGACGCCCAAACAAUAACAGAACAGUCGGUGGUAAAGCACGUGCUUCCGCUCACCGUGACGCGGACGGAGCUUGACGGCGAGCUAGUGUGCAACGUGUCAUCUGCCGCCCUCGACAAUCCCAUCAUAAGGACACUCAAAUUGGAUGUCAGGGUACCACCAAACAAGAUAGCGAUAUCGGGAGUAGGCGAACAUGUGACACAAGGAACGCUGUUGACGCUCAUGUGCAGCGUUUCAGGCGCCCGCCCUGCUGCCACCAUCGAGUGGUUCAACGGCACUGAGCUACUGACACCAGCUAAUCAAAAUAUACAGCAAAAAGAAAUUGAAUCGAGUGAUACCACAGUGGCCACCAUGUCCAAUCUGACGUUCGAAGCGACGCGGUUCGAGAACGGACGCAGGUUUAUUUGCAAAGCUGUGAACGACGCCAUGAGAGACAACAAUGAUCAUCCCAUUCAUGCCACGAGGGAACUUGAAGUUUGGUACCCGCCGAUCGUUCACGUGGGCCCGCCCAACAUAACAGUAGUAGAAGGCACCAAGAUCCUACUCAAGAGCGAAUAUGAGAGCAAUCCGUCAUCCCUCACUGAAGUUGUAUGGUAUCGAAAUGGCGAGCGUCUCAACGUAAACUCGAGCCACUACCAAGGAGGAAGCACGGACCAGCACGCGCUGAUCAUUCUCGAUGCUAAUGGAGAUGACAUGGGGAACUAUACCUGUCUGCUCGCCAACGUCGUGGGUAACGGUACCACUGAGGAAUUAAUCAGCGUGAAUGUACUAUUCAAGCCCCAAGUACGUCUGAUAAUGAAUCCAGAGAGUCCAAUACUGGAAACGGACCACAAGAAUGUGACAUUGACCUGCGAAGUGGUCUCCGGAAAUCCCUCGGUGCUGGAUGAGGUGAUCUGGUACUUGGAUGGGGAGGUGUUGAAACAUCUGCCUGAAUGUAAUGGGACGGACGAGAACCUCUGCAACGAAGUGGACCCCUCGAUGCUGCUCCUCCAAGACACGACCAAGAGCUUCCACGGGAACUACUCCUGCAAAGGAAAGAACUACGCCGGUUGGGGAAACGAGAGUCAGAAUACUGAGCUCGUCGUUAACUACCCUCCGGGAGCGGCGAAGUUGACUUACUCCCCUUGGCGAGUGGUGAAGGGCAAGUCCUUGGUCCUGAGCUGCAGCAUCCAGGAGAAGGGCAGGCCUGAAGCCCACAGAUUCCGUUGGCACCGCGGAGGCCGCGUGGUGAGCGACAUCGUAUCCCAGAACUGGACCAUCGACCCUGUGACCUUGGACCAUCGAACUAACUUCUCGUGCAGAGGGGUCAACGCGGGGGGCGAGGGAGAGCACGCCUUCGUCAACGUCGACGUCUUGGCGCCACCUAGUUUCAAAUACGCGAUGAACCACUACAGCGGAGCCUUAUACAAAUCACAAAAUAUAUCCCUCUCGUGCACGGUGGAAUGUGCGCCUCUGUGCAGCGUCCAGUGGCUGAAAGACGGACAGAUCAUCGACCCCGCCAAGACGGACCGAUAUUAUGUUGUCGAUCGGAAGAUUCCUCCACAAGUCAACAGGAACGACUUCGAGGCCACCGAGUCUACGCUGCACUGGAACAUGUCAUCGUGGCCGGGCGGGGCUUUGUCCCGUUCGUCGGACACGGCUCGCUACACGUGCCGCUCCUCGCGCAACGCCGCCGGGCCCCCCGUGAACUCCACCACCAAGUUCGCCGUCGAGUAUGAACCGGAAAAUAUAACGGUGACGCCUAAAGUGGUUUCGGUGAUCGAAAAUGAAAUUCCAGCCAAAGUCGUGUGUUCUGCAAAGGGAUUCCCCAUGCCGAGCUACAGUUGGCGUCGCGAGCACCUUACGAAGAUCUCGGCCAAGGAGCACUCAAACCGCUCCUUCGUGCUGUCAUCCUCGAACACGCUGCUGCUCGGGCCUAUCGCGAGGAAGGACGCAGGCAACUACGUGUGCGAGGCCUACAACAGGCACGGAGCUGUCAACACUACGGUGUUCAUGGACGUCAUGUUCGUACCGGAAUGCGGCAUCAAGCAGCAGGAGGUGGAUGGGCAGCAGUUGCUGGUCUGCACGGCUCACGCCAACCCCACCGAGGUUUCCUUCACGUGGAAGCUGAAGAACGACAACGACACGCUGACCGACGAGAAGAUCUGGUCGGAAGGAGCUCAGAGCUUCCUCCGUCUGCGGUCCGGAGUGGACGUGUACCGGACGUACUUGUGCGUCGCCUCCAACGAAGUGGGCGUCUCGAGGCCUUGCGAAAGGGACGUAAUGGCCAACAUGGAUAGUUAUAGCACGAAGGUUUGGUGGCGCGAUCGCCAGAAGCUGUUCCUGAUUGGUGGAAUCGCGUUGGCCCUGCUUCUUAUCACCGUGAUCCUGUGCAUCAUCAUUAUCUGCAUCUGCCGACGCAUGCGGGCCAAGUCCAAGUGCCCUCCUUCGAAUGGCGUAGAUAAUGCGGCCAACGGAGCUCUGGGAACGGACAACCCCGGUCUCUAUGAGAACCUGCCGUUCCACGGACUACAACAACCACCCAACAAGCCAUUCCGGCCGGAGGACCAUUUUAUAUACGCCGAUGUCGAUAUGAAAGAUUAUGGGCCGAUCAACUACAAGGCGGCCUCCAUUUACGCUCAGAUGAAGAAAGUCAAGAAUCAACAGAAACUACAAGAAAUCCACGACAAAAACAACCCAGACGACGACAUGCUGUGAUCGAAAAUAUAUUUUACCAAAUUUACUAAUCAAUACUUUAAAGCACCUUUUCUCCACGACGAGGACUUCAAGUAUCAAGUUUUGUCGAUAAUCGGACGCAAUAUCCAGAAUAUCUAUCCUCAAAACUUGCUAACUAAACGAAAAUUAGAAAGUUUAAUCAAAUUGUCGUGGAGGAGAAGUCUCGUCUGAACGUCAGUGAUGUUAAUGUUGCAUUUAAUAAUGGACUCCCAUAGAAAGCCCACCAAAGUGACCAAAUUCGUGUAAUUCUGAUGUACGUCCCGCUUAAAUAGUGAUGGUGUUUCAUUCGUAUUUAAUUAAACUUGUAUUCUGCCUGUACUAUGUUAUCGUUAUAUCAGAAUCGUCUGAUUGACAGAGAUCGGCCAGGGAAAUACAAUUUAAAAAUAUAUAUUUUAAAUAUAAUACAGAUAUUAAAUGAAACACCUUCAAUGCUAUUUAGUUGAGUUUUUGUAAUAACAGAUUGCGUAUUCUCACAACCAAAGAGGGGAACCCCGAUAAAGUAAAUACAAUUAAUGUACAGGUUAGAUGACAGUAGAGAUAUUGUAAAUAAAUGUAGUUUUCAUAAAAUGUACUUGAUAGAGAACACACAACAGGUGUUAGGGAAUUUAGUCUUAAAUCGUCGGUAACGUUAGUUUGGGCGUCGCUUGUCGUUCGACGUCAAUUCAUUACAAAAAUGGUCAAAGUUACAAAAACUUAGAUGUAUGUUCGCAAAUUAUUAAACAUUAUUUAAAUAUCGGUUAGGGCUUUAACAUUAUGACCGGUUUUUUUGUUUAACAUAUUUUUUUGUGAAUUGAAAACCGCUUCUAACAUUAAAGCCUCGGCCCAUAUCUGGCGUGACUUAUCUUUGAAACUGUUUGUAAUUUCAACAUAAAUUUCAGACAAAGCUACGUAGACGUUUGAUUUGAAUUAGUACCCUAGUAUUAAAAAGUGAAGUAAAUCUUCCAUACAAAUUAUUAGCCAAGGUGUUUAGAUAUCGACGCCAGAUUCGGAUCUGAGUCACGUCAAAGAUACGGGCUCUAGUUCACACUCUCCGUCCAAGCGGGAUUGUUUGAUGUUAGCUGCCCCACGUUGAAGUCCUUAAUGCAAUGUUAGGAGGAAAUGAAAAUUCUAACAUUUAAGUUUUUCAAAGAAUACACAAAGUUUAAUACAUUAUAAGUAUUUUCUUUAUCAAUUUUGCGUUUAACAUUAUUGUUAAAUUACGGCUCCUAAGGAGUUAAACGAUUAUCGAAUUUGCUUUAAAAUGUUAUUUUUUAAUAGUAUUAACAUUUCAUCUUGAUGUGGUACAAAAAUUAAUUAAUUUUGAAAUCAUUUUGUUCCAUAUCGAGACAACAUUAAAAAUAUUAAUCUAGCUAAAACCCUAACUACUAAUGUAAAUAGAAAUUCAAUAAUAUAGACGAUGACCUAGUUUCUGACGUUAACGUCUUGUUGGUCAAAUACCAGAUGGCGCUUUUUUCAAUUAGAUUUACAUUACAAUGUUUCAAAGUAAUACUAAAUUUUUGAAUCAAUCCGAAACACGUGGAUGUUGUGUAUAUUUUUGAUCUGAAUUAAAACGGGCGGAGCUCAUUUUUAUCCAAAAGUAAUGUGAAUUAAACACAAGUAAAAACUUAUGGCAUAUUAUUUGUAAUAAAAUGUUUGUUGUAAUUUUUGUGAUAAAAUUUACAAACGUAAGUCACACGAUUGACUGACCAUGGGAAUUUUUAUAUUUCCAAAAACUUAUCUUAUCUAUUAUCACUAUGCGUUACUAAUGAUUCCGACUAAUAUUAUAUCUAUAAAACGAAAUUUUAAAUUCAACGUAUUAUAGAAUUUUGUGUUAUAUUUCUUUAACAACGGACAUCAAAUAGAAACAACUAGAUAAAAGUGUUGAAUUCACAUUAAAUCACUAAAUGAUGUUAGAAAGUUUGUACAUAAUACAACUUGUUAUAAUAUUAGUGUUAAUAAAAUAAUUUAUGGAUUUUUAAUUGAUGUCUUUGUCCCACAAUAAACCAGUAUCGAAGCUAG